AGUCACAUUCCGAUUGUCGUGUGACACGCGUGGAAGCGCGGACCGUGUUCGCAAUACUUAAAUAUAUCGUGAACGUGCGUUGAUUCGUCGCUUCGAAGGCAUGUGGAUCAGCUUACACACAACCGAGGCUUAUUUUCUCAUUUUCAUUCCCUUCGUUGUGCCGUGAUUUCGUUCGAUCGGUAAUUUCGACGGUAAUUUCAACAGGAAAUACGACGAAAACUCGUACCAUCCUCCGGUGGGCGUACCACGGCUCCGCGACACCGGAACUACCGUUCUCUUCCGUUAUCCUAAACGAUAUUUUUUACGUGAUUUAUUAUAUAUCAUAAGUUCGUUAGAAAUAACGCGCACGGAACUAUCCACUUUUUUAAACAAUUUAUUAUAACCACGAGUCUUUUCCAACACAAGUGGAGGUGCUUCCGAGUAUACUUUCUUUGAUAUCUCGGAGACGCCGCUACUUAAAUAAUAUAUUUGUACACCUACGCGAUACACGACAUUUUUCUCCUGUCUAAUAGCGUUCGAAGAAAAAUUGCGAUACUUGGAUUAACGUUGAAUGAUACACGAUGAUUCAUUUCGCAUCGUGAUCGAUAUUGUUGUCCGACUGAAGUGUAAGAAACACACGAGGUGUACGGUUUAAUAACACAAUCGAUGCGAUAAGAUCCUUAGAAUCAAGAGAUUCGCGAUAACGACCGAUAACCGAGCGUAGUAAAAAUUUUCGCACGAUAAAGAUCCACCCGUGUAUCUGAAAGUUUAACUAUCUUUGCAAUGAAAACAAAUAACGUACUGAUUAUUCGAAGAAGAUAGUUUUCGUGAUGGUCCCGUUGGACGAUUAAACGUGAUCCGAUUAAAUAUCGAUUGGAAUUAGCGAGUGGAACGUGUACCGGUCUGUUUAAACGUCGAUAUCAAUACUUUACGAAGCGGUAGCCGAAAACGUAACUGACGUCAAACAAGGUGGCGGGACUUGAUCGAUGAUCGAGGAUCGUGUCGCGAGUGCGAGUUCUGAACACUGGUGUGAUUAAUAAAAUAAACGUAGGAUCGUUAAAAUGUCAACCCCGGCAGCGUCGCGACGUCGCCUGAACCCAGCGGUUCUUGCCAGAUAUAAUAGCCAGCUGGCCAAUUCCUCUCAACAGACAGGAUCAAGAUACGUAGAAGCUGAAGGGAAGGGAAGAGAGGAGAAGAGAAUUGGUGGCAAGGAAGAAUCAGGCGACAUCGUGGAAAUGUCGACUGAAAACCAAAACGGUUCCGCCGGCACACAGAGUAACGGCAUAAAGACUUCGAUCAGCGUCUCCUCGUCCGCUAGGACCGUAUCGAACAAUUCGUCGUUUUUGUACAGCAGUAAUUCGAUGUUGAACCGUGAGAAACCGCGUCAAGUGCCACCACCAACGUUGCCGAAAUACACGUCCAGCUUUAACGCCGGCUCCAAUGGCAGCGGCACGACCGACCGAUUGAAUAGAGAUCGCGAAGUCGGAGGUAGUUACAGACUGGCGAGCCUCGAUAGAAUUGCCCUCAGGCAGAGGAUACUGGACGGGGAAAAGGCGAACGGCGAUGCUACGUCGAUACAGGCGAAGCGCGAGCUGUUCUUCAAAGGCGACAAUACUGGAAUAAUAUCAUCGCCGUCUGUACCGUCGGUACCACCGCCUCAACCACCGUCACAGGUUCCACCGUCGGUGAGCACGUCAUCAACGACAGCCACGACGACCACGACUCUCGCCUCGCCUAAUACAGCACCGCCAGCCUCUUCGACCGUGUACACCAGUGUCACAUCGACGGCGCCUACCUCGAAGCCACGAUUAUAUCCGUCCACGGGGAUUUUGAAUCAAAACGAUGCAUCGGAGGACAGCAAUAAACGGGAGUCGAACAGGAGCGAUAACAACAAAGAGGCUACUGUCCUCCAUCAUCCACGAUCAACGCCAUUGACUAAACCAAAAGAACUCGAUGGAUACGUAGGAUUCGCGAAUCUACCAAAUCAAGUCUAUAGAAAGGCCGUUAAGAAGGGCUUUGAUUUUACUCUAAUGGUCGUCGGUGAGUCAGGAUUAGGAAAAUCAACUUUAAUCAAUUCAAUGUUCCUCUCCGAUAUAUACAGUGCCGAGUAUCCUGGUCCUAGUCUUAGGGUUAAAAAAACCGUAGCCGUAGAGACUAGCAAAGUAUUAUUGAAAGAGAACGGCGUCAAUCUGACGUUGACGGUCGUUGAUACACCUGGAUUUGGUGAUGCAGUCGACAACAGCAAUUGCUGGGUACCAGUGAUCGAGUAUAUCGAAUCAAAAUACGAGGAGUUCCUUAACGCCGAGUCUCGUGUAGUGAGACGGCAGAUCUCAGACAGUCGAGUACACUGUUGUCUCUACUUCGUUGCACCCUCGGGUCAUGGUUUGAAGCCGUUGGACGUCGAGUUCAUGCAACGUCUUCAUGACAAAGUAAACAUCAUACCCGUAAUCGCGAAGGCUGACACAAUGACGCCAGACGAAUGUGCUCAUUUUAAAAAACAGAUACUGAAUGAGAUAGCGCAACAUAAGAUUGAAAUUUACAAAUUCCCAGAAGCGAAAGAUGAAGAGGAAAAUAAUUUGCAUAAAGUUCUUAGAGAUAGAGUACCGUUUGCGGUGGUGGGCGCAAAUACCGUGGUCGAACAAGAUGGAAGGAAAGUACGUGGAAGAAAAUAUCCAUGGGGCAUCGCUGAAGUGGAGAAUUUGGAACAUUGCGAUUUCAUAGCCCUACGAAAUAUGGUGAUUAGAACGCAUUUGCAAGAUUUGAAAGACGUUACAAAUAAUGUACAUUAUGAGAAUUUCCGAUGUCGCACAUUGGCGGGCGUUGGAGUAGAUGGAAAGCCAACAAAAGUUUCCAAUAAUUUGUGCCCCCCAGGAGUGAUGAACAGUUUCAUGACGGUGUGGAAUCCGCUGGCUCAGUUAGAAGAAGAGAAGAGAGAACAUGAUAAUAAAAUGAAGAAAAUGGAAAUCGAUAUGGAACAAGUAUUUGAAAUGAAAGUCAGAGAAAAGAAACAAAAGCUUAAAGAUUCGGAAGCAGACUUGCAAAGAAGGCAUGAACAGAUGCGGCGUUCUUUGGAGCAGCAGGUGCGUGAAUUAGAAGACAAGAGGCGAGCGUUUGAAGCUGAAAAGUUGGCAUGGGAACAACAGACUGGACACAGUAUCGAAGAAUUACGUAGGCGCAGUCUAGAAGCGAAUUCAAAAGAGACGGGAUCAGUGUCUUCCGAGGGAUCUGGCGGUGGCGGGGGUACAUUGAGGGGGUCCCGAGGGAUAGGAAGUCUCCUACGCCGUCACACCAGUUUCAAAUCACCUCAAGACAGCCCUACACAGAUACAGCUUGUCAUACAACAUCCCGAGCAUCCUUAGUAGAUUGUAGAAUCUAUCUACAUUUACUUACAAAUGUUUCUACGUCGCUGUGUCCAAGGACUAAAUUUUCCAAUCUUAACAUCGAUCUCAUUUUUAUUCAUUUGAUGCGUGAUUUUUUUUUUUUUUUUUAUCACCGAUUUAACAUACGACUAUGCUACGUACUCGUUAACUGAAAAAGAUAUUAUUACACAUCGUUUUGUGUAUCUUUACUGUUAGUUUUUUCUUUUUGUUUCUCUCUUUUUUGAUUACUUAUGUUCAACAAUUACAAACGCCUAUUAAGAUAGUAGCUACACCAUUUUCGAUUGUUUGUGAAAAGUAUUAGAUAUUUCGGUUAUUGUGUAAGUAGCAGAUAUUCUCGUUACAUACUUAUAUUUCAUUUCGUUUCCGUGGUUCGCCGAUGAAAAAGAUGAAUAAUUCUUAAACAGUAGUUAAGAUCAUACGUCGUCAGUGAUGAAGUAAAGAGCUACCGUUAGUUCGAAACCGAUUAUUAAUAUUCACAAUUAUCAUUAUUGCAAUUACUGCUUAUUCAUUUAUUGAACAAAACAAAAAGUUGCAUAUCAAACCGACUAUCGUUUAAUAGGCAAUGAUUCCUAAUUUAAAAAUGAAAAAAAAGAGUAGAGUGUAUGUUGUAAGAGAAUCUAUGCUUUAGAUUAAAGAAUAAAAAGAGAGAUAUUGAUAUCAAAAAAAAGAAUUUCAAUAGUGACGUUACAUUAGCCCUAUAUAAAUGUAUUUUAGAGGGGCAUAUUUUUGGCACAAAAUUUGAUAAACUUUAUGUAAAGAUAGAAAACGCAAGAACUCUUUAUAUUCCUAUAUCACUGUUUUUUAUAUUUACUAGAACAUAUGUUACACUCACAUAUUUACUGCAACAAGCGUUACACUCAUACAUAAUCCCUUGUAUGAACUCAAGUAACAAUCACACUUGGUAAAGUAUUAUGGAAAGCUAUUGUAAACUCUGAGCAAGCUGUCCGUUUCUUUUUCCUUUUUAUUUCAUUGAAACAUUCCAGUUCGUACGUCUUGACAUUCCCUUUACAUUGUAAAUUUAGCAUCUCUUUUCUAGACAUGAUUCUUGGGAACAAGUUGAGUUGAGAGUUUGUGAGACAGCUUGAUAAGGGGUAAUAUUAUACACGACCAGUAAUAAUUAUUCACAAAUAAUAUUGUUAAUUUCAUCAUUAAAUUUUGUUCGCAAAUAAAUGUAAUGCUUUUCUACAACAUUUACUAA